AUGGCAUCGACACCCGUAAUCGUACGCAGCACGAACUCUACCAAAAUACCCCGCCCUUUGCUGACGGCGUUCAACCUCUCGGCCAGUGUCCGUUUUUCUGAUGGUCCUUACGAUAGCGUGCAUGCCAAGCGGCUGCUGGGGGAUCUCAAAUCCACGCUAGGUGAAGAGCGAGCGAGCCCUCCCAUUCCUACAUCGAUGGGAAAAAAGGUAGCGAAUGCAGUUGGUAGUCUGGUGACUUCACUACACUCGCAGGGUCAAAACUUGAACGGGCUUUCCAGUGGUUAUCGUAAAAAACUGAGAUCAUUCGAAUAUUAUGCGAUCAUGGCAUAUCUCGAGACUCGCUUUCAUGCAUUGCAAUCCGAGCAACCCAACGAAAAGGAGCUCCGAGAACGUAAAAUGGCUCUGCUCGCACGAGGGGGUAUUGACCUUGUGGAGAGCUCAGUGGAUGGAAGGGACACGAUCAUUUCCGCUGUCCGAGAAUCCCUUUCCGAGCGUCAGUGGACAGAGAUAACCCCCCGAUUGGCGCACGAUCUAAUGGGGAGGGUGCAAUCGAAAGAGAAUACUCCCGGUGAGAUUUUCAAGAAACUAGACAUUGGGGGUGAGUCUACAUGGAUUUCAAGAAAUCGUAUGGGGAACCCUUUCGCAUCACCAAAGCUCGGGGCACUGGUGGGAUACAUCGGUGAAUACAAUAAGCAACACCAAACGUCCUGGACAUUGCUCGACGCAUUUAUCGCAGGCUACGAAGGCGAAGCGAAAGUCGCAAGUAUGUUGUCGCUAGCAGGGCUUAGCUGUUUCUACGGUCGUGAAGCGCAGCAAAUGGAGGAGGAGCUGUAUAAAUUGUGGCUGGAAAGGGGACGGGCAAUCAGUGAUGUUGUCAUAAUCCAAAGGAAGCAGUUAGAUAAGGUACCUUCGCUGGCAUACAAAGUGAAGGAUUCCUUGAAGAGGUACAUUUUGGCCUUCACUCAGAAAUAUUCUCUACCGGAACAAUUUACCGCCAACAUUCUGGACCUUUUGCAGACUGACGAAUUUAGUUUCGUAGAGCUGUUGAUCGAGGCGCAAGCGGCGGAAAGAGAGAUCGAACUUUUCCGGGUAAAGGAAAUAGAAAAGGAUCUCAUGAAUUCACCGUAA